AUGCACCAUUUAAAAAGCUUCCUUGCUCCAUUUCUACUCCUAACUCGAGUCGUUAUUGCUUAUUUCUUGAAUUGUAGGAAUACCGAUAUGGAUGAUAAACUGAAGGGCGAUGGCUUCGCCGAAGAUAAUCAAACCUAUCUGAACCCCGUCACUUCAGUCCAAGAAGGGCAUGUUGAUGUAGAUUCGCAGCGAAAUGGCAAUUUUCAUCGGACUUUGACUCCACGGAUGAUCCACGUCAUUUCUCUGGGAUCAAAUGUUGGCAGUGGCCUUUUCAUUGCUACUGGAAAGGCCUUGGCAGAUGGAGGCCCUGGAAGCAUGUUUAUCGGCUACCUUAUUGUCUGCAUCGGUGUUUGGGCUAAUCUUCAAUGCCUAACGGAGAUGACUAUCGCGUUCCCCACUUCGGGGAACUAUAUAGACUAUGCUGAUCGAUGGGUGGACCCAGCCUUGGCUUUUGGAGCUGGACUUGCAGAAUGGCUUGGAUGGACAUCUGUAUUUGCAUCCGAAGCAACAUUUUUCGUCGUUUUGGUCAACUAUUGGUCUGGUGAUACAAUUCCAGAGGCUGCUUUGCUGAGCAUUUUUCUGGUCAUCUGUCUCGUCGUAUUCUUCAUGCCCAACAAGAUCUUCGGAUGGCUUCAGUACUUCGGCUCAAUGGUAAAAGUCUUCUUGUUCUUAUUCAUCGUCAUCGUCUCUUUGGCUAUCAUUGGUGGGGCCGGCCCUGAUGGAUAUGUGCGCAACGGAAGCACCUGGACCGAUUUGCCUGCCUUUAAAAAUGGGUUUGGGGGAUUUGCCAAUGCCGCGAUUCUCGCUAUUUGGGCGACUGGAGACCAGGUAUUUAUUGGUGUCAUGGGAGGAGAGGCCGAGUCACCUCGCUGGUCAAUGGCACAUUCAGCAAACUUGGUUCCCUGGCGAGUUGGAGUUUUCUACCUUGUCUCGGUCGUGCUCGUUUCCAUCAUUGUGCCUUCAACCGAUAAGAACCUCCUAGGUGGUUCCGGAGCAGCGGCUUCUCCGUUUGUAAUUGCGGUCCAGGGUGCAGGAAUUAAAGGAGUUCCGGAUUUGAUCAAUGCUUGCAUGAUCAUUGGUGUCACAGCAAUUGCCAUGGAGAGUAUUUUCCUACCUUCCAGAAUCUUACGAACUAUGGCUCACCAGAGACUUCUUCCUUCUUUCAUUGCCAAGGUUGAUGAAAGGGGCCGGCCUAGAUGGGCGCUCGCGAUUACCGCUGCUGUAGCUAUUAUUUUGACAUAUAUGGGCUUAAGUGCUGGUGGAUUAAAAGUUCUGAAUUGGCUCAUCUCUAUCACGAGUGCAUCAUUCUUUGUCAAUUGGGCGAUUAUUGCAUUCACAUCUCUUCGGUUCCGGGCGGUCUUGAAAGCGCAGAAAAGUCCAAUUUUUGAUCAACAAUAUGGCUGGAAAUCCAAUCUUUGGCCACUUGCGCCAGUAAUAGUGUUGAUUAUAUCGACCAUGCUUUUUGCCUGUCUUCUUUAUCUUAGCAUUCAACCUGUGGCUGGAGGUGGCUUCACAGCUUACAAUUUCUUCUCGAACAUGAUCGGCUUGAUUCUCAUUUUCACAGCAACCAUUGGCUUUAAGAUCAUAUUUCGAACACCCUGGCGCGACCCGGCAACAGCGGACUUGGUGACGGGUCAUCGAGAAUUGACAACUAAGGAGAUCCGACAUCUGGAUGCUUACUAUAAUCGCCCACUGUGGCGGCGAAUUGGUACUUACGUACGGAUGUGGUAG